AUGCAGAAGUGUGGAUCGAGCAUCAGCACGCCAGCCACUCCUCUCGAGUCGAAGCUGAUUUGCUGCGAGAGGCCAGCUAGCAUGCCUGGACCGAAAGUCCCAGGUGUCCAGCGUGGCCAGCAUGCCUCCCAGCUGAUGAUGGAUGCCUUGUUUAGCAAUGAUCAUGAGCUUGUGUUGAAGGACGGCUGUCCUGCGCCGGCCCUGCCGACCUUGCCGUGCCUCUUCAAGGCAGCGCUGCGUGUCGCUCCCCUGAGGUCCGCUGCUUUAAAUGCGGAUGUGCGGAGCCGGCCAAAGCAGUCCACAUGA